UUCUGUAAUCUUAUUGAAUUUUCUUUAUUUUAUUAGUGUUUUUUUCCUCGUAAGUUAUUGAGUUUUAACGACCAUGGACACCAGAGGCAGGAAAGUGUUUCUUGAUUUCAACGAUUCGACGAAAAUCCACGUGAAUGUGGACAACAGCAAGACUGAUUCUUCAUCGAACAUUCAGCGAGCCGAACGCCUGGCGAAGCUCCAGAAGAUUUUGAAGAGGAAUUCCAAGCUGAGGUCCACCGGCACUAUGACGAAGAUACAUUAUCCUGAUUCUCUUCUGUCCAGCAGCAGCGCUGCGAAUGUGAAGUUUAAUAAACGAAAAACCGAAACGAAACCGGAGUGCUGCACGUUGGGUGUUCCGAGACGCCCCACGAGGAGAGUGACCAAAGAGAAUGUCCUCAAGUUCUUCGAGAUGAAGGCGAUUUGCUCCCGGCCUACCGUGGCUAUAAAAACCACGGGGAAGCUGGACAUCCCGUUGCUAACACAACCAAUAAAUUUGGUAGUGUACAAGAAGCCGUCCCAGGAGGCUCCAAGUCUUGAGAAGGCUGUCGAAGGGAUUGUGAAUUGGCGGAAGGAGAGCAAAUCGUUUUUCAAAGAUGAGGAAUACGAGAGGAAACCUGGGGCUUACGUACCUCCGAUGUUGAGGUCCAGCAAACCGAAAGGGAUUGUAAUCGAGACCAAAUCAAUCGACAAAGAGUCGUUCAAACCGCUCGAUUCGAGCUCUCCCAUUGCGACGCUGCAGCAUCCGGAGAUGAAGAAAUCUUCGGAGAAGAAGAUGAAGACGAACCCGACCAAUACCGCAGCUCUGGUGCGGAAGAACUACGACAGUAGGAAUAAGGUGACAGCGCGUCCGAUGGGGCUGCAGCACAGCUAUUACAAGAGACACAGCAAAUCACCGCCGACUACCCAAGCCCAGGAUAGACUUUUGACCGUGCAGAAAAGCAUCUCCGACGAUGAGUGCAAGUCCAGAGGCUCGGAGUCGAAGACGAAGAAGGUCGUCCGGAAUCUUGGUGAUUGCUUAGAAAAAUUACAAAUCGCAGAGAAGACGUUGAGAUGUCGCGAGGAGGACACGAAGAAAACCAACUUCCUGUGCGAUAGGAUUCGUUUUGCGACGCAUGAAGAAUGCCCAAAGCCAGUUCCGUUGCGCAGACCUUACACGAAGCCUCAAUAAUUGUUUAACGAAUUAUUAUUUUUUUUGCGAUAAUACAACAACGUUUGUAGUAUUAUUUCAAUUCCGUUUGACCUUGUGUAAGAAGAAUGUUGUUUUCCGUUUCUUGCGAUCAGAGUUUAUUUUCGUUAUUAGUUUUUAAAAUAUUUUUAAUACACAUAUCAGUAUUUAACCAAAUUACCUUUAGAAUAGUAACAGAAAAGUAUAGUACUGCUGGCUAUAGUAUGUAUAUAUAUAUAUAUAGUAUUUGCAUU